ACUGAUUCAUUUUACCAUCUCUUCGCAGCUGAUAAAUUGUUGAGCUAUUUAUAUUUCAGCUUUGUUUGGCUAUUGAAGUUCAAGUUCUUAAAACUUUAUGAUUUGAAAACAAACGCACGAGUAUUGAAAACUAACAUUCUUUUCAGUUCUUUAUACAUGACAUUUUAAAUUUGCUUAAAGUUACAAAUAUGCGAGGAAUAGAGCCAGAAGACCCUUGUUACCAAGAGAUAGAAUGGACUGCAGAUUUAGAAGUUCAUUUACUAUUUGCUAUGGUUGGAAUUAAACCUGUUGGAAUCCACCGAUCAUUCCAUAUGCUUCGUAUUUGGGAAAAAUUCACUUCAUCAAUAAACAAAAAUAUCCCACCCAGAGCAAUAUGGAAGCAUUUGGAAACUAUGUAUGAUUUGGCAACAUUGGAUGAAGCAGAAGGAAUACAAUUUCCCAAUGAUUUCAAAGAAUUCAGUUUACCAGGAGAUGAAUUUGAGGAAUUGAUGGAAGCUAAACGUAAAGGUCUCAAUAUUAACUUGGAAACCACAGAUGAAUCAAGUUCAGAUGUUAUUUUAGGAACAUUGAUUGAUAGAGAGCCCAAAGAUAAUGAAGAUAAUGUAGCUGCAGAAAAAGUAGAAGAAACUGAUGAGCCAGCAGAUCCUCCCUCAGCCAAGAAGAAGAAAUUCAGUUUGAGUCUCAAGAAAAGAAAAAGAGACGAAGAAGAAAAGUAUAAGGGUGAAAAUGCAACAAGUGAUGAAGGAGUAAGUGAAUCGGCCAAGAAGAAGCGGCCAAAGAGAGAAAGUGAGAAUUCGGAGGUAAAAGAAGAAAAUCGAAACUCCAUCAGUGAAGAUGAUGAUGCUAACAAGAAGAUAAACGAGGUUAAUGAGAAGGAAUCGGUUAUCUCCACUCAAACUCCUAAAGUUAGACAAACUAAAAAUAAGAAGAAAAAGAAAUCCAAUGUGGAAGAUGAUGAAGCUAAUGAAGAAGAUGUAAAAGACCCAGAAACGAAGCAGGAUUCUGUAUCUAGUUCAGCUAUUCCUGAAACUAGUGAUAUUGAGAAAGAAGUUGAAGAUAAAAAGAAGAAGGUUACCCCAGCAAAAUAUAAAGAUACCAAACUGAGACGAAAAACUAGCACAGAGAGAUCAGAAGAAGGUACUGAUAUUGAGGCACCUGAGGAAGAUGUGAGAACCACUAGAAAGUUAGAUGCUGGAAGUAAUUUGAACACUCCAGAGAAAUCUGAGAGUAAAAAACGAACAAGGAAGCAAGACGAAGAACUAGAGAAGAAAAAUACGAAAGAAAUUGAGAGUGGUUCAACGAAACGUGGCUCCAAGGAUUCAAAGUCAGCGACGACUGUUCAGAAGAGGGGCAAGAAAGAUGAAUCAAAGGAAGAGAAGGUAGAUACCGAUGAUGAGUUGUAUUCUAAUAGAAUAUCGAUUUUGUCGCCGAAAGGCGAGGAACAAGACGAAGACAGCGAUGGUAAGCGGUUAGCAAAGGAUGACAAGAAGAAGGGCAAACGGGACAAAAUUGUGAGUGAGGAAUUGAAGAGCGACAAAAAGUUGAGGCGUGGAUCACUGAAAGCUCCGCAAGUUGCCAACCUAAGGAGUGAGAGUGUCGAACCGAGGCGCUUGUCGAGGGGAGAUGACUCCAGUAAAACGUACUCGUCGGACGACAUGGAGGCUUCGAAAAUGUCUGACACCGAGAGAAAUGUGAGUAAGAGGGAAUCAGUCUCCAAGUCGGACUCUAGGAAAGCUGAUAGAACGUAUAGUCGAGCCAAGAAAGCAGACACCAGUAUUUCACAAGUCGAACCGGAUGCUUCACAAGCGACAACUACACCCACUGCAAAGAAAGAUCGACAGAGGGAUUCAGUGGCGAAAGAAGAGGCAUCAUCAUCAUCAGCGAAACGGAAAUCAACGAACACCCCCGCCCCCGCUGCGACGUCAACUAAACCUUUAGCACGAUCCACGAAUGUGCCUGUUCGAGCCACUCGCACCCAGGAGCCUCCACCUAAGCGGAGGCGGGCCAUUUAAAUCAAUUGAAAAGCUGAUUACUGAUUCAGGUACAACAGCACACUCAACAGAGGCAAAGCAUUGAUUCACUUCAAAACCGACUAACCUCAUACUUGUCUGAAAUUCUUCAGUGAGAACUUCAGACAGUCAGAACUGGCUUACUAGGAAGCAUUUAUGUUAUUUGUUAGGAAUGCUGCCAGUUGAAAGUGAUUCUCACUGUAGGUGAAUAGUUUUCAAAAAGUGUGCCGCGAGAUUGCUUUGGUUUGCUAUAAUACAAAUACAUUCAGUGAUUUGUUGUGUGAAAUUAAGACAACAAUCUUCCAUCUAUUAAAUUAGACGUAUUGUAUCAAAUUCAAAGCAAAAUUUCAAUACAUUUUAUGAUAGCAUUUAUUUUUCAAUUAUUAGACAGAUUUUAAAUAAAUUAAUAAUUUUGUGAUUGGCGUUGCUUAAACAAAAUUUUAAUGCUGGAUUAGAUUGUUAAAAGGCUCACACACAUUCAUUGAUCAACGGAGAGAGGUAUUUUCUUUUCAUUUGAUUCUCAUCAACACUAAGAAACUCAGCUUAUAGAAUAGGUUGGUCGUUGAAAGGCUUAACAUAGUAUAUUGUACAACGUUUACUCCUAUUAGAGAAACGAUUUUUCACCAAUAGCUGUACAAGUAAUCGAUUAUCAUAUAUCAUAAUAUACUUAUUUCUAUACUAUAUACUAUUACAGAUAAAAUAAUUAAUCUUACUUUAUUUACUUCCUUUAUGAUACUAUACUUAUAUACUUUUUGUAUAUUCUACAAUUUUGCUUUAUCAUGGCUGUCCGCGGAAAGUAUGACAUUGUGCCGUGAACAAUAAAAGCUUGAGAACCAUUGAGCUAGGGGUAGCAGCGCUGGUUUGGGAAGUGGAAGAUGUUUCGAGUUCUGGCCCAGGUGAAUAUUUUUGUGCAUAGAGUUUUUCAAAUUUCCUCCUGAUAUUCUCCGUUCACCAAUAUUUGCUGUGUGGAAGUUAUUGAUUGAUAGCUAUACUUUGGGUUUCUGUUUUAUUGAUUAUUGUCAAUUAUUGUUGGAGAAGUAUACUUCUAGAAAUAUUCAAUAAUUGUUAAUUUUAGUGACAUUUCGAUUCGAUUAUUUUAGUAAUUCAAUUAGAAUUUAGGCAGUUGAAGGAUUCAAUCGGAAUUAUUCCAGACUGUUUUCUUUAUACAUAAUCCUUGUGAGUUCAGUCUAUGUGUAAUCCGAAAUAAAUAUCCACAGAAGUUGAUAAAAAUCAUAAAAACUGUGAAAGUACAAAUUUCGAGUGAAACAACUUUCUCAGAAAUGAGUGUGUGUCCAGUAUUAGAUUUGCAUCAUUGGUCUAUCAGUUUUAUGAUGGAGUGUAAUCAUAGAAGUGUUUGAUAUCAAUUAGCAAAGUACUUAGUUUUCGAUUUAUUUACUUUAAAUACGCCGGUUUCUAGUAUAUUAUAUUGGUAAGCAGGGAUAGGCAGUUGUAAUUAUGCUUUAUAUAAUAGUGUGAAUGAUUGUUGAUCAAUGAUUGAUUGGGUGAAAGUAUAAUGUGUAGACCUAUGUAAAUACUCAUAAUUCUCCCGUUAAGAGUGCUUUGAUUUGAGAAAAAGAGUUGCCUUAAUGUUUUCUAACGGUGUCUUCUGGUAUUCUGAGUCACAUACUUGUUGAUCACCUGUUCUCCUGAGAACCAAAUUCGUAUGAGUGUAAUUACUGUAUCUUACUCGUAUAUGAACGAGUAUUUUACAAAUUAGAAUGGGGAAUGAGCUUGUGUAUACGCUUGACAACAAAUAGAAUCUAAUAAGCUGUUUUUAUAUCAGAGACUAGCAAUGAAAUUCAGAAUUUCAUUGUCAAUGUAGUUUAAUUCAUCGCACUCUUGGGAGUUUAUUAAUAAGGUUGCUCCUGCAUGAACUCUCUCCCUAGUGUAAGCAAUUGUACCUGUACAAUACAUGAAACAUUUCGUAGUAUUCUGUUGCUGAUUAGAAUCCCUUUGUAUGCUUGUAAGUUGCCGAGUUCAAAAUACUGUAAAUUGGAGAAUGCCUCUUAAUAAGUAAUGUUGAUCUUUGUUUAAUUUGUACAUCGUAAAUUUCUUAGUGCCGGUUGCACAACAGUCGGUUAAGUUUUAAUCGUUAUUAAUUCCACAAGAACCAAUCAGAGAAGCAGUCUUUUCAGAGAAGCCUUCUCUGAUUGGAUCUCGUAAAAUUAACCACGAUUAAAAUUUAACCAAGAUUUUUUUUUUGCUUUUGUGCAACCGGGCCUUAAUCGUGAGUUGUGGCAUGGUUGUCCUUCUUUCCAAAAUUAAUCUGUGCUGAUUCUAACUUUCUCAGUUCUGUUAUUAUUGUACAGAUAGUGUUUUGCUGUACAGAAAUGUAAAUUUUUAUAUUUCAGUACAGUAAUACCAUUUUUUUUAAUUUCAUCAUUGUAAGAAUGUUAAUUCUCAACUCAAGGAUUUUAUCAUUGUUUACAAAACGUUGAAUAUUUUCUUUCCAAAAUAGUUUUUAUUCAAAUUUACGUAAAUUUUUCAAACUUGCAAUUUGGAUAAGAAAUAUGUUAUAAUUUUGUCUCACAAAUAUGUUCAUUGUCUCGAAAAAUGUUAGACUUUCAACGAUUCAUAUUACUUAGUGCAAAACGAUAACAUUGAUUGAGGUAAAAAAUA